UAUUUUCGAUCUAAAUCCUUACUCUCGUGGAAACUGGAAACCAAAACGAAACCCCUCCUCUCGUCCGUCUCCCACGGUGAAUGUAAAAAGGAGGAAAAUUUUCGAAAAUUUCGACAAUCGAAUUCGAGAUUCACCGUGUCAAAUUAGGGUUUCAAAACAGAAGCUGAGAUUGAAACCCUAAUUCGUACUUCUUAUGCGUGAUCUUCAAAAUUCGUUCGGGAAAUUGAUGGUGCUUGGCAUUUCUGUAAAGAUCUGAAUAAUGUGUUGAGGCACGUAUAAUGGAAUGUGAAAUUUAGGUUUUCCUGGUCCGCAAAUUCUGUGCCAAUUUCUUUGUGAUUUCAAUUAGAAGUUUGAAUUCGCUGUUUUUGAGUUUCAGAUCUUGCUCUCUAAGGUGGUUAUAUUAUUGUAGAAUUUGGAAAUUCAAGGUUAGGGUUCGGAAAAAAUGCAUGUUAAAACGGCACAAUCGUCAUUUCGGGAUCGGACGCAUGAGUUCCAGAGCGUAGCGGAGAGGCUAAAGAAGUCAUUCUCGUCGCAUCCAGGGGCAAAUGGGCCAAGUAGUGGUUCGAAGAAAUCGGACGAGCAGCGAUCUGCAAUCGCAAUUCAGUCCGAAUUCAAUAAGAGGGCUUCCAAGAUCGGUUAUGGGAUACACCAGACAUCACAGAAGCUUUCAAAGCUUGCAAAAUUGGCAAAGAGGACUUCAGUUUUUGAUGACCCCACUAUGGAAAUCCAGGAACUGACAGCAGUUAUCAAGCAGGAUAUGACGGCGUUGAACUCUGCGGUUGUAGACCUUCAACUCCUGUGCAACUCAAGAAAUGAGAGUGGGAAUAUCUCUAGUGACACCACCAGUCAUUCAACCACAGUUGUAGAUGACCUAAAAAAUCGCUUAAUGAGCGCCACAAAAGAGUUCAAAGAAGUCCUCACCAUGCGAACAGAGAAUUUGAAGGUUCAUGAAAACAGAAGGCAGUUGUUUUCAUCUGCUGCGUCUAAGGAUUCUACAAAUCCUUUUGUUCGUCAACGUCCACUGGCUGCCAGGGCCGCUGCAAGUUCUUCGAGUGCUCCUCCUCUUCCAUGGGCAAAUGAGUCAACGUCUUCAUCGGAGCUUUUCCCCAAGAAGCAGAAUGGGGAGAGUCAGCCAUUACUGCAGCAGCAAAAUCAACAACAGCAGCAGCUUGUUCCAUUGCAAGACACUUACAUGCAGAGCAGAGCUGAGGCUCUGCAAAAUGUAGAGUCCACUAUUCAUGAGCUGAGCAACAUCUUCAACCAACUGGCAACUCUGGUCUCUCAGCAGGGAGAGAUUGCCAUCAGGAUCGAUGAGAACAUGGAUGACACGUUGGCCAAUGUAGAGGGGGCACAAGGGGCACUGCUGAAGUAUUUGAAUAGUAUAUCAUCCAAUAGGUGGCUGAUGAUCAAGAUAUUCUUUGUAUUAAUUUUUUUCCUCAUGGUUUUCUUAUUUUUUGUGGCAUAGUAAUUGCAGAGACAAAUUCAAAAGAAAAGAAAGUUACUGGUUCUUUACUUGAUGAUAAGCCGUUUUCAAUUCUUUUUAACUUCUCCUUUUGUUCUUGCUGGCAGUAAGAGAUGAGUAUCCAGUUUGGUCUUAUGUGAUAUAUGUGUACGGGUAUAUGUAACUGUAAAAGUUGAGAACAAUAUGACUUGCCAAGAAUUCUGUUCAA